AUGUGUCACUCUUACAACGGCUGCUACAUGUAUUUCGCAUUGGGUUGCGCAUUCAGAUUCUCCAAGACGAUUUCAGAGAUUUCUCUCCUAGUCCAUGCUGGAAUCUACGGAUCAAUCCUAACAUUUCUAACUAUUCAAUUUGUCUAUAGAGCGUGUUUGCUUUCCAAAUCAAAAAACAACUGGGUCAAAUGUUUUGAUGGCUGGAAUCUGUCAUAUUCAAUUUUUUACACAUUAUUCAUUUCUACUAUAUGGGCAUCUGCUCUGAAUUUUGCAUCUGCGGAUUCGGCUUCCGACAAUUAUUUGAGAUCUGUGAUUCUGAAAAGUUAUGGGGUGGAAAUUACAUCAGUGCCCUAUUUUUCAAUUUUAGCAUUCAAUGACGAAAACACGCUCAGAUGGAAAAACGUGCCUUGUGUAUUGAUUCUUUGCACAAUUAUGCUUUUCCACUACACCAUCAUGAUCAUAUGUGGGCUUUAUAUGUACCGGAAAACAAGCAAGUAUUUUAAAACCUCUUCAACGUCUCUCGAAAAGCUUCAAAGACAGUUUUUCUACGCUUUGAUCUACCAAACAACUGCACCAACGCUAUUAUUUCAUCUGCCAGUUUCUGUGGCAGUUCUUGUUCCAUUUUUUGACUUCAAAUUCAGUUACAACUCAAGUAUAGUGCUUUAUGAGCUCGGCGCCUAUCCAUUGGCAGACACGUUGAUCUUGCUGAAAGUGGUUACAGAGUACAAGCUGGCUUAUGGGAGGUUCCUUAGCGGUUUGGCCAAGACAUUUCUCGUCUGUCUGGGAGAAGACACGCCAAGAGAGGAUACCAAAACAAGUGUUCGGGGUCUUAAUAUAUCAUUAAAGACUCUUUAA